AUGCCAGGACAUCGCUGUAUUGCCCCCGGUUGUAAUUCCGGUUAUGAUUCUUGUAAAGAAAAAUAUCAUUUUUUCACAGUUCCCAAGGAUGAUAUUCAAUUACGAGAAUGGACAAAAGCAAUUCCGAGGAAAGACUUUUUAAUAAAACCUCGUCAGGUUGUUUGUGAACGGCAUUUCCACGAAGAAGACAUUUUAAGGAAACGAAUAAUGACUGACAAAGAUGGGACAAUUUUAGCUGAGGCUGUAUAUAAAAUUCCGAAAUUAAAAGAAGGAGCUAUACCGUCAAUAUUUCCAAACUGUCCAAAAUACCUAUCCUACUCUUUAAAACGAAGGAAAUUACCAUUAAUUAGAAGUAGCUCACCUAAAAAAAAGAAAACCGACAAAAAAAAAGACCCACAAAUGGAUUGUGCAUUCAAUUCUAAACCGUCAAUAGAAAUUUCUAUUACUGAUUCUAUUAAUGAUUCAGUAGGGAUUUUCUCAUUCUCUAAACUUCAAGAAAAUUUUAACAGCAUUGUUUUUCCAAGUGGAUGGAGCAGGCAUGACAUUCCUGGAAAGUUGAUAAUGUUUUCUUUUUUUAUUGUUAAAACAGAAGAAACAGCAAAUACAGAAAAUUAUAUUCCCACUCCUAUUUUAUAUAAAAGAGUAUGGUUAGGAGUAAAUUUAAAUGUUCAAUGUUUUGUUAUGAAUAUAUCAGUUAAUAAUGACCUUUUUGGAUUAAAUAGAUUAAAUUGUAUUAAAGACUUAGAAGAUAUUUUAAAAAAAUUUGAUACUAGUGUCAUUUGUAAAGGAUAUAAAUUAAAAGAACAACUUCUACAUUCUAAAACAACAUUUACAGAUCCGGCUGGUAAUAUUAGACAUAUCAUGUGUCCACUCAUCUUGAACCAAAAUAAUGACUGUAAAUAUUGUAACAAAGCUAUACGGACUAUUAUGCGCAAAAGGCUCCGUUUACAAAAAAAUAAUACUACUCCAAAGAGAAUUCAUAUUUUAUCUAGUCCCAAAGUACAACUUCGUAAAAAUCACAAAUUAACAUUGCAAAGGAAAUAUCGAGCUGUAAUACUCAAUAAAAAGCUAAAAAAUAAAUUAUUUAAUAUGCAAGGUGAAAUGUCAAAACUGACCACAAUGAAUCUUGAAGAAAGGCUAACAACUAAUAAGAUACCUACUAAUCAACGGGUUGCCUUACAUGAAAUUUUGUCCGCAUCACAAGUCUCAAUUUAA